UCGGGCGCGGCCGGAGGAAGUGCAGGCCGCCUGCCCGGGCGCGUAAGGAAGUUCCCCCAAAUGAGGAAGCGCCACGGGCCCGGCGGCUGAGGGGACACGGCGGCGGGAGAGCGAGGAGGAGCCGGAGGCCCCCCGCACCCCGCCCUCGCCUCACCUGGCACAGCUGUUUUCCUAUGACACUUGUUUCCGUUUCGGUGCUUCCUCCCUUCCCACACUCCAUGCUGCCCGGCACCUGGGAUUCCAGACCUGCGUUUGAAUCCAGGAAAGGAAGGUGGAUACCUGCUCAGGUGUGUGCCCUCUCGCCCUGAAGCAUGGCCAGUGGCACGGCUGACAGUGCCAACCACCUGCCCUUCUUUUUUGGCAACAUCACCCGGGAGGAGGCAGAAGAUUACCUGGUCCAGGGCGGCAUGAGUGACGGGCUGUAUCUGCUGCGCCAGAGCCGAAACUACCUGGGCGGCUUUGCGCUGUCUGUGGCCCACGGGAGGAAGGCGCACCACUACACCAUCGAGCGGGAGCUCAAUGGCACCUACGCCAUCGCCGGCGGCAGGACCCACGCCAGUCCGGCUGACCUCUGCCACUACCACUCCCAGGAGUCUGACGGCCUCAUCUGCCUCCUCAAGAAGCCCUUCAACCGGCCCCCCGGAGUACAGCCCAAGACUGGGCCCUUUGAGGACCUAAAGGAAAACCUCAUCAGGGAAUACGUGAAGCAGACGUGGAACCUGCAGGGGCAGGCUCUGGAGCAGGCCAUCAUCAGCCAGAAGCCGCAGCUGGAGAAGCUGAUCGCCACCACGGCCCACGAGAAAAUGCCCUGGUUCCACGGAAAAAUCUCUCGGGAAGAAUCUGAGCAGAUCGUUCUCAUAGGAUCAAAGACAAACGGAAAAUUUUUGAUCAGGGCUAGAGACAGCAAUGGCUCCUACGCCCUGUGCCUGCUGCACGAAGGGAAGGUGCUGCACUACCGCAUCGACAAAGACAAGACGGGAAAGCUCUCCAUCCCCGACGGGAAGAAGUUUGACACACUCUGGCAGCUAGUUGAGCAUUAUUCUUACAAAGCAGACGGUUUGAUAAGAGUUCUUACAGUUCCCUGUCAAAAAAUCGGCACACAGGGAGAUGUCAGUUUUGGAGGUCGUCCACAACUUCCAAGCUCCCAUCCUGCGACUUGGUCAGCGGGUGGAAUAAUCUCAAGAAUCAAAUCAUACUCCUUCCCAAAGCCUGGCCACAGAAAGGCCUCUGCUUCCCAAGGGAGCCGGCCGGGGAGUGCCGCGUCCUUCAAUCCUUAUGAGCCGGAAGUGGCGCCCUGGGCCCCCGAGCGAGGCCCCCAGAGGGAAGCCCUGCCCAUGGACACGGAGGUGUACGAGAGCCCCUACGCCGACCCUGAGGAGAUCAGGCCCAAGGAGGUUUACCUGGACCGAAACCUGCUGACGCUGGAAGACAAAGAGCUGGGCUCUGGCAACUUUGGGACUGUGAAAAAGGGCUACUACCAAAUGAAAAAAGUCGUGAAAACAGUGGCUGUGAAAAUACUGAAGAACGAGACCAAUGACCCUGCUCUCAAAGACGAGCUGCUGGCGGAAGCCAACGUCAUGCAGCAGCUGGACAACCCCUACAUCGUGCGCAUGAUUGGGAUCUGCGAGGCCGAGUCCUGGAUGCUGGUCAUGGAGAUGGCGGAACUCGGUCCCCUCAACAAGUAUCUGCAGCAGAACAGGCACGUCAAGGAUAAGAAUAUCAUAGAGCUGGUCCACCAGGUUUCUAUGGGGAUGAAAUAUUUGGAAGAGUGCAACUUUGUGCACAGAGACCUGGCUGCCAGAAAUGUAUUGCUGGUUACCCAACAUUAUGCCAAGAUCAGUGAUUUUGGACUUUCCAAAGCACUUCGUGCUGAUGAAAACUACUACAAGGCCCAGACCCACGGGAAGUGGCCGGUGAAGUGGUACGCCCCGGAGUGCAUCAACUACUACAAGUUCUCCAGCAAGAGUGACGUCUGGAGCUUCGGAGUGUUGAUGUGGGAAGCAUUUUCCUACGGGCAGAAGCCAUACCGAGGGAUGAAGGGAAGUGAAGUCACUGCUAUGUUAGAGAAAGGAGAGCGGAUGGGAUGCCCCCCGGGCUGUCCCAGAGAGAUGUACGAGCUGAUGAACCUGUGCUGGACAUAUGAGGUGGAGAACAGGCCCAGAUUCGCCCAAGUGGAACCGCGGCUGCGCAAUUACUACUACGACGUGGUUAACUAACAGCUCUCGUCCUGUCCGUGGCUGCCUUUGGCCAGGGGAGCAAAGCACAGGAAAGUGUUUGCAGAUCAAUGGAUUUUCCGUGUGUCCCUCUCCCUGCGCCAGGCAGGAGAGCUGGCUUGAGUGGAGCAUGCCCGUGCCUCCUUCCCCGGGACAUGCCCUGGGCAGCCCCCCACCGAGCACGCGCAGGCCCAGGGAAGACGGACAGCAGGAUCCCAGGGCCCCCUGGGUUCGCUUGUUUGCUUGCCUGAGUGAUUCUCAUGACAGGUUGUUGUUAGGGUCUGUUUCCGACUCCCUUUGCUGUCUUCCCCCUUAUCUGGGUCCAGGGCUGCAUUUGCGUACCCGGCAGGCCUGGAGGGCUUGCUACGUGGUGUGCAGUGCUCUCACCCCACCUGGCAUUUUCAAAAUGUCAAGGAUGCAGUCGGCAUGCGACCCUGCAGUGGAGGGAUGGAAGGCAGGGGAGGAGCAAUGUGGCUGCCUCUAGCGCAUGGUUCCGACAGCCUGCAGGACUGAUCCCUGGCCACUGAAAACCUUUCCCGGUAAUAAAAGUACUUUGAGUAAAAAUCAA